AUGACGAGGCCCAACAUUAUGAGGGCUGACACCCUCGACCUCCAAGACCACGACAGUCCGACUGCUGCUGAACACGCCAAACACCCCACAGCGAAAGACGGCAACGCGCCUCACGUAGCGGCACAGGUACACCAAGUGCUCGAGGAACGGCAUUCGGAAGAGCAAGCCCUGGCAGACGCAUGGAACAUCUCCUCCAGUAUCGCCGACGACCCGGCUGCCAUUGACCAAGCCCAGUCCGCCACUGGCACCGACAAUGUGACCGCGAACGGCACCGCGCAAAAGGGCGAGGAGGCAGGCGAAGGUGGAGAGGCAGAGGGAGAGGCGGACGAUGACAUGAUGGACAGGAUAUCGAGCUCGCCCAGCAUAGACGAUGGUCAGUAUACACCACACUCUUUACGCACGACAGUACCGCGGCACAUCUGGUCGACACGAUCGCUCAGUCUGUCGGCGCGGUCCACUCCAACAUCAACUCGCGACUCUUUCAACCACAUCGCAGACGACACGCCCCCAUCGUCGCCAUUCUGGCAGACUCCGCAGCACCUACCAUUGCGGCGUUCCAACAUGGCGGGAGUCGAGCAUUCGCCGCUUGUGUAUCAAGUGGAGAGCUGCUCUUCUCCGUUCGAUGAAGUGUCCCAGCAUACACAUUUUACGCCCACUCAAGGAAGUGGGCUUUUGUUCGACCCGUCAAAGCAUCAUCAGCUGGGUAGGUAUGACCAGGAGCCACAUCAAGGACCAGAGACGACAUUCCAUCCGGGCGACGGGCAGGGUGAGUCUCCGGAGCAAGAGUCGGAUAAGGAGCAGGUAAAGUACGCCAAUGAAGAACUCACCACGCCCAGGCUGAACCACGGCUUUGAGAUUUCUUCAGACCCGAGACCGAUUGAGAGCCCUUUUCGCAGGCACUCAUUCUUCCACAGCUUGCCAGACUUGAGCCGGCCUUCUCUCGAGCCAUCACCCAGCCUGACCAGCAUACAAAGUGUGGACAUGGACGGCUUGCUUUUACCAGUCGAUGACCCUCUGUUGGACAUGCCGGUGUCAUCUCCAACGGCUUCGUGGGAAAGCACCUCCGAGACCAACUCCGCCGGUUCAGACGACGAUGCAGAUUCUGAUGAUGCUGAAGACUCUUUCAUUGAUCUUGACGAACGAUUCAUCGACUCUGGUUGGGGAGGCGAGUGCUUACGUGAAACAGAGGACAUCGAUUUCGAGUUUGUGUAUGCUCUGCAUACAUUCGUCGCAACCGUCGAAGGCCAAGCAAACGCUACCAAAGGUGACACCAUGGUGUUGCUUGACGACAGCAACAGCUAUUGGUGGCUCGUGCGGGUGGUGAAGGAUAGCAGCAUUGGCUACCUACCAGCCGAGCAUAUUGAAACGCCCACGGAACGACUUGCCCGUCUCAAUAAACACAGAAAUAUCGAUCUCUCCGCGACCAUGCUCAGUGAUAACUCCGAGAAAUCUCGAAAUCCAUUAAAAAAGGCAAUGCGGCGUCGAAACGCAAAGACAGUACAGUUUGCUGCGCCUACUUAUGUGGAGGCUUCCGACUAUGACUACGACACAGAGGACGAAGAGGCACAGAUGAUCGAUCCGUACGCGAACGCGCAGCAGUCGGACGCCACAACAACAGACGAGCCGGACGAGAUCGAGCCUGCAGAACCGAAGGGAGAGAUCAAACACCCAGAAGCGGAGGGGCGCUCAAGCACUUCAUCACAACGAGCAUCCUUUGAUCGAGAGCAGGCAGCAACAGCAGCACAAGCUCUGGCAGCAGCCGGCGUGACUGGCGACGAUCCCUCUGCACCUAAGCUUGUGGACAAGACAGGUGAGUACGAAAGAUUUGGAGUCGAUGCUGGCAGCACACCAACGGUCUCGGUAGAAGCCGCACCGCUCAAGUCGAAGAGGAAGAAUACCGAUUCCUUCCUUAAAGAUGAUGGUGUCGAAACUCGGAAGAUCACACUCACUCCUGGACUGUUGCGGGAUGAUUCAGUAUCGCGCAAGUCGUCUGCAGCUGCAGAAAGCCCACGCAGCACUACCAGCAGUAUGGAGCCAAUGGUGAAGACCAGCUCACCCACUGAACAAACCGAUAAGAAGAAGGAUAGCAAAGACAAGAAGAAGGAGAAAGAGCUAAAGAAAGGCGGCAUGCUCAGUGGUUUAUUCAAGAGCAAGAAGAAGGACAAGAAGAAUGUGGAGACAUCAAGCGAGAAGCCUUCUAUAGAGCUGCAGCGAGAGUCGCCGAGCCCAGGUCCGAGAGGAGCAUUAUCACCAGUCGGCAAGGAUGUCGGUGGUCAGCAAAAUGCAGCCGCAGGCAGUUUGCUCAGCUCUACAUCAACGGAAGAAAGCCGCGACACCUCUCACGAUUCCGGACCUGGCAACGCAUUCGUCGCAGAACUGGAGGGAUCCACUGUGGCACAUGAGAUGGCUGCUGGCGAUGACGACAGUCAUGAGCUGCAGAAGCGCGUCGAUGUUGAUGCAACUCCACAAGAGACAGUCAGCGAGUCUGAACAGCCCGAGAAGAGCAAAGGGAUCAUCAGCAAUACGCUUUCGCCAGUCACGAAUGCAAUCACGAAUAUGGUCAAGACGAGCGAUGACAACGAUAAGCCGAAGAAGGCGAAGCGAUCGAAGCAACGCGUUGAGCUUGAUGACUUCGACUCGCCGCAAGACGAGAAGCAGGAUCAGCUUGACCAGAAUCCAUUCAGCGACCCUGAGGACGACGAGCAUGAUGGCGAACGACUAUCGGAGAGCCCUGUGGAGAUUACAUCGCAUGCCUUUAUGAACGGCACUGAUUCUGUGCACAUCCCAAUGCCUUCGCAGGUGGAGGAAGAAGAAGACGACUCACCAGGCAGCCUCACAAGCUCGCCGAGCAUUAUUGAACACCCUGCAGAACCUGCGGAAGAAGAGACGGCUGAGCAUGUCUCUGAAGAUAGCGACCCUACGCCAACGGCACAAUCACCUCAGCCUGUCGAGGCCGAUCGAAAGCCAAAGAUACCCCCGAACAGAGGUCUGUCAACAGACAGCAAUGAGUCGACGCGGCUAUCGCCUCCGGCUCCUGUCUCACGACAGACUUGGAGUGACGAAAGCUUCCGCGCGUGGCUGGAAGAUGGCAGUGAAGUACGUGACAUGCUAGUCAUGAUUCACGACAAGACCGGUGUGACAGCUGCGCCCGCAGACCACCCACUAAUGACCGGACUAUUCACCGAGCAACGCAAGGGCGUACAGACCAUGAUGGGCGAGCUCGAUGGUUUGCUCGGCUCAUACCUGCAGAGAAAAGGCGUUCGGUUUUAA